UUUUCCCAAGCUCCAAAAAUUCUGAAGAUAGUCAGGAACUGAAAAGCGCGAAAGUUCUAGGGUUUUUGGCCUUUGAAUAUCUUCUCUGAGUGGAAAUGGCGUUUUCUGAUGAAGAAGAAGAAGAGAGUUUACUCCGUUCCGUCUCGAACUACUACUUCGAUGAUGAGAAAGACGAGAAGGUUUCCUUUUCUGAGUUGCCACUUCAAUUGGGGGGCAAAGAAAGCUUAAUUAAUGGAGCCAUAAAGAAACUGCUUCUGAGAGGAACAGCCGAUGACGGGCUCUUGACAAUUUGCAAGCUUGUCACUGCGUGGAAAUUUGAUUUGUCUAAUUUUGGGAAGCCGGAGAUUUUGGUUUUAAGUAAAGAAAACGGGUGGAUUAAGCUACAAAAGCCCAGGAAGAGCUUUGAGCCUGUAAUUAGGAGCGUUUUGAUAACGGUUCAUUGCUUGCAUCUUCUUAGUUGGAAUCCGGAUUUGUCAAGGAAAUCGUUGUGGGAUCAGUUAGCUAAAGCUUUUAGCUUGUAUGAGGUGAAGCCUUCACAAAACGAUUUGGUGGAUCACAGGGAGUUGAUUUGUGAGGCUGUUAAAAGUACUGCUUCGUUAGCAAAAUCCAAGUUUUUGCAUACAUUUUUGGAGGAGAAGCCCAUAAAGAGGAAACUUGCUGAUGAGGAUGUUCGAGCCACAUCAAUUUCUGGAUUUAUAGUUGAUGAUGCAGAUGAUGCAGUUGAUGGCCCUGAGCAAGAUGAUUCCAAUGACGAGGAUGAUGAAUUGUUUGAUUCAGUUUGUGCCUUUUGUGACAAUGGGGGUGAACUUUUAUGUUGUGACGGUAAAUGCUUGAGAUCAUUUCAUGCAACUGUAGAGGCUGGUGAAGAAUCUUUCUGUGAAUCUCUUGGCUUUACUCAGAAGCAAGUUGAAGCAAUGCAGACUUUCUCAUGCAAGAAUUGUGAGUAUAAUAAGCAUCAAUGCUUUGCAUGUGGGAAGUUAGGUUCAUCUGAUAAGUCCUCUGGUGCAGAGGUCUUUCGCUGUAGUAAUGCAACCUGUGGCCACUUUUAUCAUCCACAUUGUGUGGCAAAAUUGCUCCAUAAGGGGGAUAAAGUUGCUGCAGAAGAGCAUGGGCAAAAAAUUUCAGCAGGGGAAUUUUUUACAUGCCCCAUUCAUAAAUGUUGUGUUUGUCAACAAGGAGAAAACAAGAAGGUUCAGGACCUGCAAUUUGCUUUAUGUAGACGUUGCCCCACAUCAUACCACAGGAAAUGCUUACCAAGAGAGAUUGGAUUUGAUGAUAUAGACGAAGAAGGUAUUGUAACAAGGGCUUGGGAUGGUCUACUUGUCAAUCGUGUACUGAUAUAUUGCUUAAAACAUAAGAUCAAUGAUGAAAUUGGGACUCCGGAAAGGGACCAUAUAAAAUUCCCCAUUGUUGAAGAUAGGAAGAUUGCUUUUGAUGAAAGGAAGAAGAGAAAGGCAUCAGAUUUGCCCACAAGUCAUGAAAAAGUUGGGUUGAAGAAGAAAAGUUUUGCAUUAGAAGACUCUUCAUGGGAAAGAACUGCCAUGAAAGCAGAAAAGCAGUCGUCUUCUAUUGUUAAAGAUGGUCAAACUAGCAAAAAGAGUGAAAAAGUUACUCCUGGGACAAAUUCCCAUAGAAAAGUCAAAGCACCUGGUUCAUCCAUAAAGCCUUUGAAAGGGAAAUUAAAUUCUGUGCCAAUGAAGGUUGGCAAAUCCUCUGCAACUGAUCAAAACAGGACCUCCCUGGGUGACAAACUGUUCGCCUUUAUGACUCAGAGUGAGCAGGUUAAGCCUGGGAGACAGGAUAUGCUCAAAGGUGGUAAUAAGACUGCCGUGGUCAAGUCUACUGCAAAAAAAAUGAGCUCUGGAAUGCCUUCAUUGGAUGCUGACUCUGAGAGAAGAUUAUUCGCUCUGAUGAAAGAGGUUGAAUCAUCAAUAACUUUGGAAGAUAUCAUAGCAAAGCACAAGGUUCCAUCCACACAUGCAUAUUCAUCAAAAAGUGUUGUAGACAGAACAAUUACUCUUGGGAAGAUAGAGGGUUCAGUUGAUGUAUUUCAUAAUCCCAAACAAGCUGUUCGGAUGGCUUUAGCAAAACUAGAGGAUGGCUGUAAUAUUGAAGAUGCUCAGGCUGUUUGUGAGCCAGAGGUUCUGAACCAGAUAUUUAAGUGGCAGAACAAACUCAGAGUAUAUCUUGCACCUUUUCUAAAUGGCAUGCGCUACACAUCAUUUGGUCGCCAUUUUACUAAAGUGGACAAACUUAAAGAGAUUGUUGAUAGACUUCAUUGGUAUGUUCAAGAUGGUGAUACAAUUGUCGACUUUUGUUGUGGUGCUAAUGAUUUUAGUUUACUAAUGAAAAGAAAGCUUGAAGAGACAGGGAAGAAGUGCUCAUACAAAAACUAUGAUAUUUUCCAAGCAAAGAAUGAUUUUAAUUUUGAGAAAAGGGAUUGGAUGACUGUGAGACCAAAGGAGUUGCCAAGGGGGUCACAAUUGAUAAUGGGGCUAAAUCCUCCUUUUGGAGUUAAAGCUGGUUUGGCAAACAAGUUUAUUAAUAAGGCCCUCGAGUUUAACCCAAAGCUUUUGAUCCUUAUUGUUCCACCAGAAACAGAAAGGUUGGAUAAAAAGAAACUUUUGAAAUCUUCUUACGAACUAGUCUGGGAGGAUAAUCAAUUUUUAUCUGGAAAGUCAUUUUACCUGCCUGGCUCUGUUGAUACAAAUGACAAACAAAUGGAUCAGUGGAAUGUGAUGGCUCCACCUCUCUAUCUUUGGAGUCGUUCUGAUUUUUCAGCUAUGCACAAGACCGUAGCUGAAAAGCAUGGUCACCUACCUAGGGAACCGGAGAGUUCAAAUCAGGAAAGAAAUAUCGAUGAAACACACAUAUCUGAACAGCCAUUGGAGGAUGACAGUCACUGUAAUGAUGCUUCUGAGUUGAAAGAUCAUAUGCAAAAUCAUAAAGUUGAGGAGCGUAGAGAGGAGACAUCUGUAACUGUAACUCCAAAAGAAUGCUCUCCUCACCAGCAGUGUGAGAGAGAAGGCCAAGACAAUCAUGGCCAUGUGAAGAAGCAAUCCAAGGAACCCUUGAGGAAGAAGAAGCAUAGAGGGAGAAAUCGUGGAAGGAGAACUGAUGGAAAAUCACCCUUAGAUAAACAGAGUGGUGUAAGGACUCCUAUAAGUGAGAUGCACCGUGGAAUUCCUCACUCUUCUCCAUCCAAUGUGAUGGGUGGUAGAUACUCAGUGGAAGGUGUCUCCAAAUCUCAUAGGACGGCACCACUUACUGGGAUUGGUGAGAAAGUUCAUCGGCAUCAUACUCCCACCAUGCAUGGUUCACAGGUGCAGGUUGGAACUUCAUACGGUGACACGAGGACCAGCGUCGCUGAUGAUAUGGGAAGAAGAUACAGCAUAAAUAACACCGACCCUUAUCCAGUUGGAUCCCACAACCUUGGUCAUGGACCUUAUGCCACUGAAGUAGAGAGAGAAGCUAAUAUACGGUCAAAAGUUCGCCUCUAUGGGCAGGAUCCUGAUGUAUCUACUCAGAGAAAUUAUCCGGCUGGGUUGGACUCUGCAUAUGGUCCAGCAGUAUCCCUGUCAACUCCCUCUUAUGUACACCUCGGUGCAACAGUGGAUCCCUCCUACAGGAUGAAUACUUCUGCAAUGCAGCGAUAUGCUCCUCGUCUAGAUGAAUUGAACUACACAAGGUUCGCUACCCCAGGGCCUGAGCCACCCAUGGGAAAUCAUACAAGGAUGGCUACUCCAGGGCCUGAGCCAUUCAUGGGAAAUCACACAAGGAUGGCUACUCCAGGGCCUGAGCCAUUCAUGGGAAAUCACACAAGAAUGGCAACUCCAGGGCCUGAGCCACCUAUGGGAAAUCACACAAGGAUGGGUACUCCAGGGCCUGAGCCACGCAUGGGAACUCAAAAUGCCUUUUAUGAUCCAAGAGGCCCUUCCUUUUAUGAUCUUAGAGGCCCUCCCGUUCCCGAUCCUAGAGCCACCCGACCUUCCCACCCAAUGGCUUUCGCUCCUGGUCCAUACCACCCUUAUUCACAUCAGAAUUCGGCUGGAUGGCUCCAUGAAUAGUUAGUUUCUUAUUGUGACAGACUCUAGGAUGUCAAUCUUCACAAACUUGCUUGUUGGAAGCCAUUUAAGAUGACUUUGUAAAUAGAUUGUAUAAAGUUCUAUUUUAGAUCAUUUUGGUGUCCGGUGAUUCCUCUCUUUUCUUA